AUGAUUACUAUAACACCGAAGGAAUACUGCAUAAUAUCGAACCCCGUGAAGAAAGACGAGAAUGGGAACGUCAUAAUGGAUGAAUAUGGCCAGGCCUCGUUGGCCUAUGGCGACGAGGAGUACCGUUUUGCCCAGUCCCCCUUUCCGUUGUAUCCUGGUGAAGAGCUCCUGAAGGAAGUUACGCCUCUUACGGUUCUUUCUCAAAACAAGGCCCUUUUGCUGUCUGCAUUAGUGGACUUUAAAUCGGAGGACGGUGUUGACCGCGUGGCUGGUGAACUGUGGCUUUUCGAAGGUCCUGGUACGUGAUUUUGCACAAAAGGAACACCACAAUUUAGAGCUAGCUCUUGUAAAGAUAGGCCUUUAAAAGAUGUCCUUCACAGGAAUGCGAAUCCGCCAGGACGGUACGGUCACAGGCGUUUCAUCAAUUUAGAAGAAACAAUCAGCUCAGUUUAUGAUGGUGUCGUUCGAUCAUGUAUACGAUCGUAUACAUGAUUGAUAGAAAGUGUGCGUGCGCAAGACUUAUCAAGUUUUCCGCCUUGUUCCGUGUCUGUUCGCCGAGGACCGGCAUGAGUGUAAAACAUCACAAGAUAUAUCUUAGGUUAGUAUUAUAUUAUACAAUAUCGUAUUCGAAGAUUCUACUACUCGGAUCGUAAGUAUUGACUGAGAAGACAUUUAUACCUCAACCCUUUCACGAAAAAAUUCAAAAUUAUCUUCCACGUCGUUUUAUAUUAUAUGCAUUGGAAGGGAAAGCUGGGGUCUUCCUCUUCAACAGGCGGGAGUUUCUUACGUUUUCAAUAACGAUUCUCCAUUUAUUCCGACCGUUAGAUGUUUACGGGCUUUGUGUUUAUCUAAUUGCUCUGAAAUUCUGGCUCUAGGAUCUAACAUAAAGCACCAGCAUUCUCGAAAUAAGUUAUUUUAAAUUUCUAAUAACAGUAUUUGAACCCCUUAAGUUUGAUUAAGGGGACUAAGGUAUUCCGGAAGCUUCUUAGUAGUUUGACUGUCUUCCCAGACUUCCAUGGCAACUUUCGUUUUUCUGUCAGCGCUGAUUGUAGAUGUUUUGUUUUCUGAUUGCAUAUCGCUUGUUAUUACAAUCAUUUCUACUCACGACUGGUUUCUACAUAAGACUGGUAAAUUAUGGAGGCGAUAAAAAUAUGCAAAUCAUAUUGUUUUCAUUCACUGCAAAUGCAAUUUCCUCCAUACGAAAAGUCUGUUGAUUGCAAUCUCUCCCCAGGCAUUUACAAGCCUCGUAAAGAAGUCCAGGUGCUUUCCACACGAACGGCGGAGAUGAUCAGUCCGAAUACAGCUCUUCUAUUGCGUGCUUUGAUGGAUUUUACCGGCAAAGACGGCCAGAAGCGCGUAUACGGUGAGGAGUGGUUAGUGAAGUCCGUGGGUGCAUAUAUGAUAGGUGCCUAUGAAGAGCGGGUCAAAACUCUCGAGGCGUAUCAUUUGGAUGAGAAAGUGAGUUCGCCUUUGUUUUCUAAGCUGUUCUCGAUAGCCAGUGUACGAUAUUUGCCCUUGUUGUGGGCUUGCUUGCCUGACCUUUGACGGAUUUACGAUAGUUUAUUCAUUUCCUCAUUUAAGCAUGCUCUUCACGUCAGAGCGAAACGAACUCAUGUCGACGAUUUUGGCAAGCGCAGAAGGCAUGGAGAAGAGUGGUUAAUCACCCACUUGGACGCCGAAAGCCAUAUCCCCAGCGUAAAUGAAGAGGUGGUCCGAGUUGUGUCACCCAUUGUUCUUGCCUCGAACAAUUACUGCGUCAUUUGCGAUCCGGUUGACGACAAAGGUGUCCCAAGAAUCGGCAAAAGAAUGCUCGUUCGGGGCGAGAAAUCGUUCUUCUUGAUGCCGGGAGAGACGUUGGAUGACGGAAUAAAAAACGUGUAUGUUCUGGGCCAAAACGAGGGCAUCAUUCUUCGUGCCAUGGAGUCAUUCCAAGACGGAAACACUGUAGGUCUUAAACCUUACUUUUCGGGUUUUCUAAUCUUUGGUUUUUCAGCGUGUAUUAGUAUUUGUGCUAGCAACACGUUCGUGUGGUUUUAUAUCAUGCGGCCACAGGCAUUUGGACGGCAAUAGUACCGGAAAAUGGACGUGUAGUCCGGGCCAUUCUUUGUUCACUUAUAAUAAAGGACUUAAUUCCCAAAUAUAUAAUCCUUUUAUCGAUGAUUUUUCUCUUAAUAAAGGCACGAACUGCGGGUGAAGAGUGGAUGCUUACGGGACCUCUGGAGUAUGUACCGCCGAUCGAAGUGGAGGUAGUUACGGUCCGGCAGGCCAUACCUCUGGACGAGAAUGAGGGUAUCUACGUGCGUGAGAAGCGUUCUGGUCAAGUGCGAGCUGUCAUUGGCUCCACCUAUAUGCUGAAUCAGGACGAGGAACUUUGGCCAAAGACUCUUUCCCCUGCAAUAGAGCAAAUUCUCAGAGCCAACAAAGAUCCUCAGGGUGAGAGGGCUGAAUACCGGAAAAGAUGCGGGAAUGGAGAGAAAGCAUGGGACCCUACAAGGGUAUGUGUGUGUGUGUAUGUGGUAAUAGUUGAUUCGUACUUAUUAGCAUUCCUCAUGGCAGUAAAUCUGAUGCGUUCCAGUGUAUCACGGCGCGCUACGAGUCUUGGUCUGGAAGUUUGCCAAGUUAGGAAACAACCAAGUCUUUAUGAUCAGUACUGUUUGAAGCGACUGGUUGAAGAACCGUAGGUCAGUGUCAGUGGCUCUUCCGAAACGUGACCCCCAUAAAAGAUUGGUGCUGUCGAUGGAAAACGGGAUCUGCAGCCAGAAAAGGGUUUCAGGCCGUAACCUGGAAACUACAUCUCGUAUAGCAGAUUUAUAUGUAUGGAUCUCCUCAACACUGUAGCUCAUGCGAUUUUGACUUAAUACCGUUAACCUUUUGUUUUGCCACUAUUCCUUCGGUCGGCAUUUUAUGGCUGAUAUUUUCAAUAGCUCAACUCGUAUAACAUCUUGAACUGCCAUCUGUGUGUUGCCAGGGUGAAAAUUACGAGAGUACCUACGUCAGUUCUCAUUAUCUCAUGAAUGAAACUAGACGUGCCCUCACGUAUAAGCACUUUGUCCUCUUACGUACAGGUUGUGUCCUAUCGCGUGCCGCACAACGCCGCCGUGCAGAUCUACGAUUACAAGGGCAAGAAGUCGCGUGUCGUCUUUGGCCCGGAGCGUGUCAUGCUCGGACCAGACGAAGAGUUCACCCUCCUGAGCCUCAGCGGCGGCAAGCCGAAACGCACCAACAUGAUCAAAACCAUCUGCCUGUUGCUGGGUCCUGAUUUCUGCACAGACGUUCUGGUUGUGGAGACCGCUGACCACGCACGUCUUUCAAUCCAACUCUCCUACAACUGGCAAUUCGAGAUCCCGACCAACCCGACGCAGGAGGAUGCAACCAAACUGUUUUCUCAACCCGACUUUGUAGGCGAUUUCUGCAAGGCCAUUGCAGCUCGCGUGCGUGGCAUUGUGGCCUCAGUCAAUUUUGAUAGGUUUCACAAGGUGCGUUUAAUCUACCCCCUUCUUAGAUAUGUCCGAGAACUGCGAUGACUCGGGAAUGUUGAUAACGACUGACUUCACAACAAUUUACUUUGGCUUUUAGAAUUCGGCCUCUCUGAUCAGACAGUCUGUUUUUGGCAUUGAUGCGGAGGGGAAAAUUGGAGACAGGCUUGUAUUUCCACAGAAUAACCUCGUGGUGACUAGUGUGGAUGUGCAGGCCGUUGAGCCGGUAGAUCAGCGCACACGGGAUGCUCUGCAGAAGUCUGUUCAGUUGGCAAUUGAGAUCACGAGUAAUUCUCAGGAGGCCGCCGCCAGGUAAAUUGUUGCACAUCCGUUUUUUGCUGUUUGUCUGUACCAUCCUAACUAGUUUGCUUCCAGACUGUGCGGUUUUACAGUCGUUGAUUUUUUUGACAGUCACGUUCCGAGUCCGGCGUUAGUCACAGUACUUGGUUUCCCUGUUUUUCUUUAGACGUAAUUAUUGUUAACCAGUUCUGGCGGAGGAAAGCUGCAAAAAAUCCUGCUUCAAUGCCUUAUGGACUCUCACCCCCUUGCCCCAGAAACUGUGGUCAGAAGGCAUACGUUAAAUAGAAGCGAAGAGGCCAGUUCCAGAAAGUAGUCGCGAAGGAGACACAAUCGCUGGAAAAAGAGUUUUAUUAACCUGACGCUUCGGAUUCUCUCUCGAGUCCAUCAUCAGAGACAGAGUCAGAUAAGGGCGGUAAAUUUCCCAGAUGCUUCAGUAUUUAUAGGAUGUAGUUACUGGGCCGCUACAUGCCUGUCGCAGUUGGCUGCUCCCGAGUGCAUCACGCAUCAACUGGCGAGGUGUUGAAGCAUUCAGUUGCCGUGCAGUUGCCAUGCUCUUGUGUGCCGGUCAAGAUUAUCGAUUCCCACGCUCAUCGCAUUCAGUCGAGUUGCUGACCAUCGGAUUCCGUCAUCCAUGUAGACUGUUGUUGACACCAGGAACAGUGGUCAUCCGAACACUGUCCUCGCGACUAACUACUUUGCCUAAACAAAGUCUCAGAACCGAAUAUGGAGCGGGGAGAUCGUUGCGCUUGUUGAUUUAUUAAGGACCGGAAAACUACGACUCGAGCGAUUCGCGGCUCACGCAGUUGUCAUUUCUAGCAAGAAUUUUUGCUUCUCCAAACUUGAAUAUGUGGUUGGGUCCUGUCGAAUGAGUCCUGACUUGGAAGCCGGCGUCUUUUUUCCUCACCUCUGCCGCGUGCUUGACCAUCCGCGUCCGCAGUAGUCUUCCGGUUUCUCCGACAUAGUUGCUUUGUCCACAGCUGCACCAGACACGGUAAGCGACUCCAGAUGUUUCUUGCCAUGACAAUGGGUCUUUAGGCCACAUGAUCUGGCGCUUUAUUGUCGCAGCCGGGAGGUGUACUACUCCGAUUCCAAAGAGUGUGAGAAGGCGGCAGACGGCUUCUGAGACAUUCUUCACCACGGUAGAGCUCGCCAAAAUUUGGGACCAGUUGGAUUUCGUCUCUCGUCCGGUUUGCGCAGGCACUGGUUGAUGAAGUUUUGCGGGUAGCCAUUGGCUUUGUAUGCCCGUCGAUAGGCAUGUAUCGGUCUAUCAACUCCAUCCUAUAAAUACUGCAGCACCUGGGCAACUUACUACCCUUAUCUGACUCCAUCUCUGAUGAUGGAUUCGAGUGGGAAUCCGAAACGUCAGGCUAAUAAAGCUCCUGUUCCGGCGAUCGUGUCUCCUUCUUCGCGACAUACGUUAAAGCCAACUGUCCGCAUCUUUUCUGCACCAUCGCGUUUGUAUACAUUUGCUCAUAAUGAUUCACACCAUCGUGGCCUUGUGAUACCGAAUGUAUUAAUUGCAGAUGCCUUGUCAUGAAUCUUGUUUGUUGGGAAGACUGGAGGACGACCUUAGGACAGGGCAGACGGGCUCCGGUGCUUGACGUUGUGUUAAGAAAAUGUGAAAGAUUCUGACAUCAGCGGACGGUGACACAUUGCAGCAGUUCAGCCACCAAACAUGAUAUCCGAGAGAGUAUUUAUGCAUGAGUCUGACUUCUUAUCUGCAAUGGAUGGGCUUUCUCAAGGUCUUUUGUUCUUCAGCUCUUCCUUCGCACAACAUGACAUCCAUACCUUUGGUUUUGUUCUGUUUAAACCAGAUCCAAACCUUGAAUGUCAAAGCGAUCCAUCUGUUGAAUGAUCACAAUGCGAAGUGAUGAGUGAACUUGGAGCUUCUUGGCACUCGAGUACCUACUGUGUAAUUAUGUCUAAUACUUCGUUGUCAAUCCUGAGUAUUAGCUAAUGCGUGUAAUUUAACCGAUUUACCAGUAGCAUGUACAGAUUGUUUGACCUGAUGUUCUCUGCUUUGCGACCGAUCUUCCCGUAUGUGCGUUUCAUCGGCUAGUUUUGGUCGCAGCUCAUUCUAUACGCAUUUGACACUCUUAUGUUUUUUUUCACCUUGGUGAUUAGGGCUUUUGCCUUUUUUCCUUCUUUCACGCCGGUCCCCCACGCACCCGUGAUUGGUCUUUUGCUACUUUGUGUGUCAUUUUGCGAGCCGACCUAGACGUCGCUCAUUCAGUCCCGCUUGCUGUUCAGACAGGAGGCCGAACGUCUGGACCAGGAAGCCCGCGGCAAGCUGGAACGCCAGCGAAUUGAGGACGAGGCAAAGGCUGAGGAGGCUCGACGUGGUCUGCUGGAACUUCAAGUCCAGUUGGCUGCCCUGGAGAGCACCGGUCAGGCCAAGGCAGAAGCUCAGAGUCGCGUGGAGGCUGCUCUCAUCAGCAGUCAGGCCGAAGUCGAGAAAGCCAGGCUAGAGACUGAGGCGGAGGAGAUUAAGGCAGUAAGUUGAGUCUGUCUGUUCUCGCACUUUCAGUCGUCUUAUCACUUUCUACCCCGCUCUCUUCUGUACGUCUGAUGUUCUCUAGGACGCGGAGCUGAAACGCUUGAAGUUGGCUCGUGAGGCGGAGUUGGAUUAUAUACAGAAGAAGAACCAGCUGAACCUCGAGCGCAAAAAACAAGAUGUGGAGAUCGAGACAGCUUACUUCCUCAAGCGUGUCGGGGCCUUGGGUGCUGAAAACCUUCGCCAUAUUGCCUGUGCCGGACCGGAGCGUGAUGUGCGCAUGUUGCGUGCCCUGAACCUAAAGAGCACCCUCAUUACAGACGGUCGGUCGCCAGUGAACUUGCUGGAUGCCACAUCAGGCCUGAUAGGACAGGCGAGGAGUACUAUUCACGUCCGGCAGUCCGAGGAUGAGGUUGUUGCGCCAGAACCUGUGACUGAAGAGGACGAUAAUGACGAGUAG